AUGGCAUCAUCCGUUAUUGAUGUACAAGUGCCUAAGCACGAGCAACAAGAAUUAUACAUGCUAAGUAAAAGAGACGAAGCAGAGAAAGACAGACUUGACCAGCAGAGCAAUAUUAUCAGAAUUGUCAGGGGUGGCCAUGUUCUUGACCCGUCUAUUCCCAAGGGGAAUAUUUCCAGGAUUGCAGAUAUUGCUACCGGUACUGGAGUCUGGCUGAGAGAAGUGACAGCUGAGCUUGCCGAAGCAGGUUACAAAGCUCCAGAGACAGUAGGAUUUGAUAUCUCUGCUGACCAGUUCCCCAAAAAUCCUGCUCCAAGCAACAAAUUUUUUGUCUGGGAUGCAACAACCUCAUUUCCCGCCGAAUAUCAUGGAAGCUUUGACAUUGUACAUGUGCGACUUCUUACUGUCGCUGUAACAAUCGAACAAAUCAAAACUAUAGCAAAGAACCUCGUUGAGAUCCUAAAGCCCGGUGGCUAUCUCCAGUGGACUGAUUGGACAUACACCAACGGCUGGGAGAUAAUCUAUCCCUCCGGGGAAGGUGAAUUAUCCUUGGCACGUGAGGGUGAAAUGAUGUACAAGUUUCAUGGAGAGUCUGGAUUUUCCUACGAUACCACGGGAAAUGUAGCAGAAGCUCUUCAGAGCUUGCCCAUGGAGAAGGUGCAGGUAACCGAUCACACGGGUGCGUCACACAAAAGGCCUGAGAUCAGAGACCUAGUGGCGGAAUGGCACUCUCGAGUAAUACCCCUCUUCAUGGAGAUGAUGUCGUUUCGACAGGGACAGAGCAAAGAAGAAGCGGCAAAGACAGCGGAGGAUUACCGGAAGAAAGCCAUAGAAAUGGGUAAGAGGGGCGUUAUAUUUGAGGUGCCGAUUACUACACUCGUUGCUCAAAAGACGAGUGAUAUCUAG